AUGGAUCAGGAAGAGAGAACGCCAGAAAAUACAAGCCAUUUGGAAACCGACACGUCUAACGUGGGAAAGCAGGAGGUGCUUCUGAAUGCACCAUUCCCCAGGCGUCUGAUGAAGAAGAAUGAUGAACAUCAGUUCAAGCGCUUUCUUGAGCUCCUAAAGCAGCUGCAUAUCAACAUUCCACUCAUAGAAGCUUUGGAGCAGACGCCAACAUACGUGAAGUUUUUGAAGGACAUUUUGACGAAAAAGAGAAAAGUCAGUAACAAAGAAGUAAUAGCACUAAUGCAGGAAUGCAACGCAUUAAUAAGCAAUAAGCUACCACAGAAGCAGAAGGACUCAAGGAGCUUCACAGUUCCUUGUUCAAUUGGAGGAUUAGAUGUGGGUUAUGCGUUGUGCGACCUAGGAGCAAGCAUCAAUCUCAUGCCCCUUUCAGUUGUUAAGAAAUUAAGGAUUGACGAGGCACAACCUACUUCUGUCACCCUUCAACUCGCUGACAGGACAAUUAAGUACCCGGAAGGGAAUGAUUGA